AAGAAUAUCUGCACCUGCGCAUCUAUGAACCCCCGAAGUACGCGAAUGCGGAAGGCGCCCGGUUCAGUGCCCAGAUGGAGAGAGGGGCGGGCAGGGAGAGUAGGAGGCAGCAAGAUCCAACCCCAAAGAGACCAGGCAAAGACAUUUAUACAGGAAGCGAAGAUUGGCCUCGAUUUCAAAAACUACAGGAAGCAAAGCAAGAGAGAGACAGAGAAGAGGGAGGCAAGCAAGAAAGGGAGGGAGGGAAGCCGGGCAUUAGUUCUAGGUUUUGGAGAUAUACCGUAUGUUUGUUCUGGAUUGUCUUUAAAGGGGAAGGUGAGAAGCAGAAGUGAAUGGACCUCAAAGUCGCCAAAGGAGAGAAGGGGAGCCAAGGCUGAGCCUGGGCUUCCAGAGUCGGAAGGGAAGGGAAGGGAGGUGAUGCGGGGCCCGGCGAGGGGUGUCUCCUCGGACCAUGUACCAGGACUUCCCCGGCCGCUUCGACACCUCCUCCAGGGCAGCCGCGGGUCGCCAGGCCAUCCGGACGCCUAUCCCAGCCUCACCACGCAACAGACUAUCCAGACUCCUCGCAUCUGAUGUGUCACCAUGAGUGCCGGAGGCUUAUCCGAAGUCAGACCUGCUACUACAGAAGUUCAGGAGGUAGUUGACCAGGUGAAAGGUGAAAUAGAACAGAAGGAAAACAAGACUUAUUCAAUUUUCAAGGCUUUUGAAUUCAAGUCACAGACGGUUGCUGGAGUUAACUACUUCAUUUCGGUUGAUGUUGGUCAUGGAGAAUAUCUCCACCUGCGUGUCUUCAAACCCCUUUCUCAUACCGGUGAAAAGGUCUCUUUGACUAGUUACCAGACGGGGAAGACAGCAAGUGAUCCACUGACCUACUUCUAAGAGCCUUCUACUGCCUUGCUCUUUUGCUGUGAACCAGUCGGCUGCAGAUCAACAAAUGAAGAAAACUAGAAAAUGGCCUGAAAUACUGUGGGAAAUUUGCAGUUUAGUUUUGCGUUCCAUGGCACUCAAGGCAUUUACAUUAGGAGAAGAAACAUGUAUGCUUAAGUAUAAUACUGGCAAUUGAAUAAAACCAGACAAUUUUAAUACCA